UUAUUAUUUUUUUUAUAAUUGUGAAAGAAAGAACAAAUGAUCUGGAGGUGUGAAUGUUGACAUACCUUCUUGAAAAUUCCGCGUGGCUUUAAAAAUUAUUGCGCACUUUUUGAAACCGGAAGUAAUAUGGCUGACACCAGCAACAUGUCGAAAAAUGUCAGGAAAAACAGUUUGAAAAUCGCUUUACUUAAUCUGCAGUCAAGUUUAGAUUAAUCUGAUGAAAUGCCUAACCAAUAAAUGAAAUAUUGAACAAAAUGACUGAUUGUGAAAUACCUGAUCAAAGUCUGAAUCUUUCAGAUUCAGAAAAAAUGAGUAAAAUUUCCUGCCCCACCCACUCUGUUGAGCAUCCAGAUGAUGCAAACGUAAAUAGUUUAAAGACGCUUCCACUAGAAAAACAUCCGCCGAACGGCAUGACACACAUUUCACCAGAUGCCAAUGGACUGGUUAAUCAGAAAAGAGAUCCAUUACCACCGUUUCAGAUUUUUUCACGUAAUGCCCAAUGUUAUGUUGGAGAGACCGUCAUGCCAGAGAGUGUAGAGUGUAAUUCUGCAGAAAUAGAAGAAGGGAAUUUGUGUGAUUGUGAUAAAUCCAAUAUGAAAGACAUAUGCUGCAUAUCGUCAAGUUUGCAUGGUGUAAUAUUGGAUGACAAUGAACCAGAAGAAGCAGAUAUCUUUAAUGGGAUUGAAUAUGUUGUCUACAGAUCAGAAGUGCAAAUGCCUGACAUUAUGAGACUUAUCACCAAAGACUUAUCAGAACCAUAUUCCAUUUAUACUUACAGAUAUUUUAUCCACAACUGGCCAAAACUUUGCUUCUUAGCAAUGGAUGGAGCGAAAUGUGUAGGGGCAAUUGUCUGCAAGUUAGACUUGCACAAGAAGAUGGUACGAAGAGGCUAUAUUGCUAUGUUAGCUGUUGAUUCUGAAUACAGACGGAAGAAAAUAGGUUCACAUCUUGUUCUGAAAGCCAUUAAAGCCAUGAUAGCUGAUGACUGUGAUGAGGUUGUAUUAGAGACAGAGAUCACAAAUCAAGCAGCACUGAGGCUUUACGAAAACUUGGGAUUUGUACGUGAUAAAAGACUAUUCCGUUAUUAUUUAAAUGGUGUGGAUGCUUUGAGACUGAAGUUAUGGUUACGAUAACAAAACUAUGUUCUAGUUUGUUAUUUUAGGGAUAAAUUCAUUUGUACAAAGCUGUGCAUGUUACAUGUGAAUAGUCUGGAGAGUUUAAAAGGGAGUUAAGCAGGGAAAACGGAGGAAAAAUGUGUGACAUGUUCUUGAUAUAUUUUAAUAAACUCUCCUCAUUUUAUCGUACUCCAAGGUCUAAAAGUUAUUAAGAUGAGUAAACAACUGGGAGUUACCACAUAAAAAAUAAUCAUUUGAUUAUGUUGAGAGAUUUAAAUUUCGUUGCAUGCUUGUAAAAUAUAAUUCAUUUGUAUUUUCGAUAAAAUAACUCUAUUCAUAUGUUUUGAAAAAAAGUUACCCUUUAAACAUAUGAAUAAGAAUGUACAUAAAGUGGUAUGAAAUAGUAAAUUAUUGCAUGAAUUUACUGUAAAGUAAGUUUUUUGGAAGAAAAUGUCUUUACAAGAUAGCUCAUUAACAUACUGUGUCUCAUGAUUUAAAGUUAUAUUAUGCCUAAAACAAUAACUACACAAUAUAUAUGUAGAUGUUAGGUAAACAUAGUUGUGUGUAUAAGCAGUACUGUGUGUUAAAAAUACUACACACUAAUAAGUUAACUUAGUAUGAAUAUUUUACUUUAUUAAAAAACUGGAAGUUUUUUUUUUUUUUAAACAAAUGGCUGUUACAAGAUGCGACAUUUAAUAGUGAUUGCUGCUCUGCUGUACAUACGCCAUGGUACACAGUCAGUUUAUAUAUUUAGCCAGACUAAAUAUACUCAUGAAGAUUUUUGAGAUUUAAAGCUGCUCAUCCACGUAUGGGGUGAAAUUUUUCCACCAAGUUUGGCAAUGUAUAUACAUGUAUGACUUUGAAAAAUGAUAAAGAGAGUGAAAAAAAGUAUAAAGAUACGAUAAAAUGACAAGAAAAAUGUUGAUUUUCCCUAUUACUCCCUUCUGCACAAUAUUUUUGGUUAUUUUCUAGGAUUAUGAAGUUUGGGACUGUCGUAUUACCCACAUUAUGAAACUUUUCCCCCUAAAAUGUGUUAAUUAAACGCUUUAAAUCACUGUCUGAUGAGAAAAUAUUUUUAUUAAAAAUGGGCAUAGUACAUCUUUAAGUAUCUGGCAUACAUGUAUAUAUUAACUGUUGUUUGAUCUAAAAUCAGUGGGCAGACUUGCAACUUCAUUUUGAAAUUAUUUAGACUUAAAUGUACAGUUUGAAUUCGGGAAGGAUGAUCAAUUUAUUUUAUAGCAUCAAACAGUUUUAUUUAUUUGAAAGUUUUAUUUUGUUUGUGGUUAUGUUUUCUAGCUGGAAAUAGCAUCACAACCCAGUAGGAUUAGAAAAACAAAUUGAGCAAUAAAUUGUAAUUAUAACACUGGGCUGAAGAUGCAUUGUGGGACAGUUCUUAUUUUGGUAUAAAUAUAUAAAUGGUAGAAUGUUUACAUAAAUUGUUGCCAUAUUCAUUAUGAUGAGUGAAAAUGAAAUCCUGUUUUGCCAUGCUGUAAAAUCAUAUAUUUUUGCGGGUUGACAAAUUUGCUAUAUUUGAAAUUUGAAUUAUUUUGUAUGGUAGAAUACGCUCGAUAAAUGGCCAUCUUGUUAAACAUGAGUUAUUUUUAACAAAGAUAUCAUUUUCACGAGUAUUCAUUUUGCGAAUACAAAUACAGUUGGGAAUAUCAGAUAAAGCAAAAAAUAAAUCGCUCAUGAAAAUUUCUAAUUUUACAAUCAGCAGUACAUACGGUACUAAGAAUGAUUGCUACUUGUUGGAGGUUUAGUUUGACUGAAGUCGGCUAAAACACUCAACUGCAUUUAAUACCACUGCACUGCAGCCUAAACUUCGCUGAUUAUUUGUUAUGAAAUAAUAUAUUAUUUUCAGUCAUUUAGUCAUUUUUAGUCCUAUGUACAUGUAUUAAAUUGCUCUAUAACUUCCUCAAAAAUUGUUUUAAUUAAUGCAUUUUGUUGAUAAUUUUUGUUGCCUUUAUUUGCUCACCAUGUGUUAGUUUAGAUUUUUUUUAAGUGUUCUUCUAAAGACAAGACCUGUCAAUUCAUAUAGCAAGGUCAUUAGAAUUGGCAAAGCUCUGUUCUCAUCCCCUCAGAAAUCUCUUUCGAAUCGUGCAGUUUUCUCUGAAAAUUGACUUUACAUCAUGAUCUUUAUUCCCUUUUGCCCAAAUACAGAGCUGUUCCCCUCCUCUCCUUCCCUAUAACAGGCCCAGGAUCAAAGCUGUUCCCCUGCUUCCCUCCCCCAUAACAGGCCCAUGCUCCUCCCAUCUUAGUAAAAAAAACUAUUUUGGAUAGAAACUGGUAGUCUUAUAAUUUGAUGUUGGUUAGGAGAUGAUUGUGCAGCCAUAUUUUAUUGAAAGUUGUACUUGCUCUUGAAUUAAUAAUCAUGAGAGACUCGUUAUAAGUAUAGGGGCCUCCACGGCUUAGUGGUUAAGGUCGCUGACUUCAAAUCACUUGCCCCUCACCGGUUCGAGCCUUACUCUGGGCGUUGCAUUCUUCAUGUGAGGAAGCCAUCCAGCUGGCUUACGUAAGGUUGGUGGUUCUACCCAGGUGCCCGCCGGUGAUGAAAUAAUACACAGAGGGGCACCUGGGGUCUUCCUCCACCAUCAAAGCUGGAAAGUCGCCAUAUGACCUAAAAAAAAUUGUGUCGGUGUGACAUUAUUUCUUAAAAUUAAAAAACAACCCAGAUCAUACUAUCACUCCUGGAGGUCUUUACAUUGAUGUAUAGAAUGAUCUGCAUACAUGGAUCUUGCAAAGUGAGGCUGCAUUUCAGGAAAAAGUUUGUUAUAGAUUAUGUGGAUCAAACAGUAACACUUGUUGAUUAAGCAAAUAUCUUCACACUUGCUCUUAAUUGAAGAGAAUCACUCUUGUUUUGCUUUUCAUUACUACACAUUCAGUUGGAGUUUGUUAUAUAUACACUUUCUGUUAAUUGAAUAGGCAUGUUAGGUGUGUUUAAAGAUUGAUGACUGCACUUGAACAAAUGAUAAUUACACUUGAUUAUGAAUGAAUAAAACCACCCACACAUGAAAGAAAUGAUGCAUGCAAUACAAGUACAAAAAUGAAUCAUCAGUGUUGAUGUAUUUCCUGGAAUUUUUUUAAUUAGCAUGAUAUUUAUUCUUUCAUAUAGUGUACUUAAUAACUUAUGUUAAAUUAUAAUAACAUUAUUAUUGAAGCAAAAUGAAAUUGAAGGAAUGGUUUUAGUCACAUUUAUUUUGUUCUUGAUUUAUCAGGAUUCUUCGUGUAAAAUUUGCUAUGCGACAUGACACCUUUAAGAAAUCAAUUUUGAAAAGUUGAAAUGAGCAGCUUGUCACUUUGCACUGAGGUGACGAGCUGUUCAAGAUGGUCAAUCAGAUUUUAGUCAAGUAAUGGAUUUGUUUGAACCUUCAACAACUGAUCAUAUACACUUUUAAUUUUCUCUGCAACCAAGGUAGCUAUUUUAGCAUAUGUAUUAAGUUUAAUAACCAUAUAUUGCCUAAGGAAUGAUAUGAAUAUAAGAAGCUGAUGGGACUGGAGUUCUGUGGACUAGGCUGAAGCUGAGAAAAUAUUGAAUGAAUGUAUUAGUUGUGGCUGUGAUGUAAAAAGAAUUUACAAUGUUAAUCAUGUUCAGUCUUUGGUUCAUUAGCUCACCUGAGAACAAAGCAGUCAAGGUGAGCUGUUGUAAUUGCCCAUGUUUUUUUAUCAUUCAUUGUUUGAAACAGGGUUAUUUGAGGUCAAAAUCUAGGUCACUAUGUCAAAUCAUAGAAAAACAUUGUCAACACUAUAGCGGUCUAACUUUCUCCUUGACCUUCAAAAAACUUUCCAAGAAUGUUAUUUAUCCCUAUGAAAUGUAUCUAUAUUGGGUGAAUACAAAGUUACAAAGGUCUAAAAAUAGGCAACUAGGUCAAAUCAUAGAUAAGCCUUGGUAACACUGAAGAGGCCACAUUUUUUGC